CCCGCCCGCUCCCGACGCUCUCGCCGCUCCCGCAGCGCCUUUUCGUCCUUCGAGCACGACCAGCUGCCCGAGCUGGAGCGGUGCGGGCUGCCCCUGGAGCAGGUGGCGGACGCCGUCCCCUGCUGCUCCCAGUCCCUGACAGAAGAAGAGAAGACAAUGUUUGCAGAGAAGGCUCAUAAGCUGAAUAGCAAGAAAUGCUCUCAGAAGACAGUAAAGGAGACUUGUAAGGUGCCUGAUCCAGUUCCUUUUGCUAUGACCACAAAGAUGCCCAGUGUUACUCCAUCGCCAGCUGCCUGUGCUCUGUCUUGGAAGAAUGAUCAGGAUAUGCUUGCAGAUAUCUUCUACUUCCUGGACAUUUACAGCUAUGGGAAGCUGCCACCCCACUGCGAGCAGCGCUUCCUUCCUUGUGAGAUUGGGUGUGUCAGAUAUUCCCUACAAGAUGGCAUCGUGGCUGAUUUCCACCACUUCAUAGAUCCAGAAGUACCACCACGUGGUUUUCGCUACCACUGCCAGGCUGCUGGUGAUGAAACCCAUAAGAUCCCCAUAUCUGGAUUUCACCUUCCUCGUUCUUGUUAUGCAGUUGUCCUACGGGAACUUCUUGAGUUUGCCCAGCCAGCCACAGGUGCUCAGCCUCGCUUCUUCUGCAGGUCUAAUGACAGAUUCCGAAUUAACUGGUGUCUUGGUCGAAUGGUCAGCAUAACAGGUAUUGAGAGCCACUGGGAGCUUUUUACUGUGGAAGACCUGAUAGUGAAACUGUACCAGAAGAAAUACCAAAAGGAGCCAUCCAAGAUCUGGGUGUAUAGAAAACUGGAUGUCUGCCUCUGGGAUUUCUCCUGUAAUACCAGGUGCAAGUGGCAUGAGGAGAAGGAUAUCAUCUGCUGUGCGCUGGCAUCCUGUAAGAAAAUGGGUUACUGCAUCAGUAAAUCCUUUGCUAGUGCGUAUGGAGUCCCACUAACAGCGGCUCACCUCCCUCUGCAAGGCUCUGAUUGUGAUCAAAGCACAAAUACCAGGAUUGUGAAGCUGAAUGCUAGACAUAUUCAGAAAACCAAAAGUGAGAGUUCUGGAUGUGACAAAACUUUGGGUCCUCCAAGACAGGAUCAAGAGUUUGUCCCCUCAAAUUGUGACUCUCCAUGUGGUGUGAAGACCUCCCCUUGUGAAGCAAAUGUUGUACAAGGAAGAGGAGUUAUUCGAUUGCUGAGAACUGCACCUGAUCUGUCCAAGUCUUUCAGUAAUUGAAAAUCUCCUACACAUCCAGGACAGCUGUAAAUUAUAAUUUUGUUUCCCUAAGAUAAAUUGUAGUUUCUCCAGACUGCAGCUUUUCGUCUUCUGUGCAAAUCUUGACAGUUGAAGUUCUUGUUAGAAUGGUAAAACUAUUGAGUGGAUUUAAAGAAGAUAAAAAAAAAUCUUGUUGGUUAUCUACAGGAAGACUUAUUUUGAAGGGACCUGACAGUCACAUCUUUAAAACUGCAUGCUGUACUAGUUGUAUUUCUUAAUGAAUAGAGUGCAAAUUCAAGAUGGAUUAAUCAAUGUAAUUGAGUUAGAAGAAUUCUUUAGGGACCAGUGUGACUUGAAACAAUUUGAACUUCUUGCUUUAUUUCUUUUUUAAAAACCCUCCUGUCUACUGCAUGUGGAAGAUGGAAUUUCAGUAACAGUCUUGCUUCAAAAACUGAUGCAGGGGGGAAAGCAUUGAAGGUGUGAAGGGCUGCCAUAGGGGAAUUAAUUAAAAGUCAGUAGUCCCAAAAGUUUGCUGUAAUAUAUCAGUUUUAGCCAUGAAAAAUUUGAGUGGUCUUUCAAGGCAAAAAAAGCAGAUUUUGUAUAAAAUGUCUUGAAAGAAAUACUGUGGAAAACUUAUCUUUCUGUUAAUGUUCUUAGAGGCACAGGCUGUAUUAUAUACAUCAGGAACAAGUACAGCAUAGGUUUGGGUUUUUUUAUUUGCAUCAGUUUUCUUUUUAAGGAAUGCAUGUCCCUCAAACUUAGAGGCUGAAGAGACGCGUAGGUGUUAUGGGGAUGGUUUUUGUUUCUGUUUGGAUUUUUUUGUUGGUUUUUUUUUUGGAAGAGUAUCAAAUUCAAACUGAUAUAUUUCACAAGAGUUUAGUCAGGCUGGGUAGAUAUCAGCCAUCAUUAUUUGGGGGCACAUAAAAAAGUGGGACACUGACAUUUCCUAGGAAAGUUAGAUGUUGCUUUUUAUGGAGGUAAUGCUUGGACUAAUCCCGAAAAAGUUGUCUGUCUGAGCCUUGUGCUUAGUCCAUGUGUCUCCUAAGCAAGUGAUUCUGAGAAAUAAGAGCUUAUUUUGUUAAGUUGUUCCCAGAUCUUGUACCAACAGAUGUCCAGUUUUGAAAUACUAUUUCCAUAGCAACUAACUGUGUGAAGAUUUCAUUCCUUGUAGGUAGGGAAACUCAAGAUGAGGUGCUUCAUUCCCUUGAAUAAAGAAAAAACUCAACAAAACCAAUGCAAGCAAAGCCCAAAAUGCAGCCAAAAUAAGAGGUUUAUUGUGCAUGUUGAUCAGUGUGUCAGAAAAGGCCAAAUGCUGGUUUAGUUGGAAACCUGUUGCAGUUGCUGUAAGGCCAGUUCAACCCUUUCUUCCAGUGUUUUAAGAUCACUGAAUCAUUUUUGUUCUUUCCUAACUGUUUACCUUUAUCAUUGAAUUUCCUCAACUGACUCAGUAUUUCCUUCCUUGGAGGCUGCUGUCCUACCUGCUGAUUUUCACCAAAUAAAAGACAGUAAAGCUCCAGGGCUGAAAUUUACCAAUGAAACAUCUGGGAAUGUUGUACCAGACUGAGAGUGUCUAUCAAGUAGUGCUAAAGGCUUUUCUGUAUUUGUAUAGAGUUGUCCAAAUCCCUUAAAUGACAGCCAUUGCUGCAUUGAUAUUUCAUAAUAUAUAGAACUAUUGUUUUUGAAGUAUUUUCAGAGUUCACUGUUGCAAUAGAAGUUUGUUUCAGUUCUUCUGUAGGAGAGAAUUAAUUAAAAAUUGUUAAAAUACUUAUUCAGUGUUAAGUACACAAACCUAAGAACAUUUUUUACUAAGCUUAAUUGCAUUACAUAUGAAGGCUGAGAUAAAGAAUGUGAGCAGUAGUGGGAAAAUGCCAUUAGGGUUCCAUGGCAUAUCUGUACCUUAUCACCUGUAAA